CCCAAGCCCGGCUGAGGGCAAGUAUGACUUCAGAGGACAAGCGGAUGUUAUUCUCAUUCACUUCCGGGUCAGACACACCGGGCACCAUCUUGCCUAAACGUAAAGGAUGUGGGAUCAAGGAGGACAACCUUGGCAGCAAUGGCCCUUGAACCAGCAACAGUGGAUGCAGUCAUUUCAGCACCAGCAGGAUCCAAGCCAGAUUGACUGGGCUGCUUUGGCCCAAGCUUGGAUUGCACAAAGAGAAGCUUCAGGACAGCAGAGCAUCGUAGAACAACCACCAGGAAUGAUGCCAAAUGGACAGGAUAUGCCUGCAAUGGAGUCUGGUCCAAAUAAUCAUGGAAAUUUUCAAGGGGAUUCAAAUUUUAACAGAAUGUGGCAACCAGAAUGGGGAAUGCAUCAGCAGCCCCCACAUCCCCCUCCAGAUCAGCCAUGGAUGCCACCAACACCAGGCCCAAUGGACAUUGUUCCUCCCUCUGAAGACAGCAACAGUCAGGACAGUGGGGAGUUUGCCCCUGACAACAGGCAUAUAUUUAACCAGAACAAUCACAACUUUGGUGGACCACCCGAUAAUUUUGCAGUGGGGCCGGUGAACCAGUUUGACUAUCAGCAUGGGGCUGCUUUUGGUCCACCGCAAGGUGGAUUUCAUCCUCCUUAUUGGCAACCAGGACCUCCAGGACCUCCAGCACCUGCACAGAAUCGAAGGGAGAGGCCACCAUCAUUCAGGGACCGGCAGCGCUCACCAAUUGCACUUCCUGUGAAGCAGGAGCCUCCCCAAAUUGAUGCAGUAAAACGCAGGACUCUUCCAGCCUGGAUUCGUGAAGGCCUUGAGAAAAUGGAACGUGAAAAACAGAAGAAAUUAGAGAAAGAAAGAAUGGAACAGCAGCGUUCACAAUUGUCAAAAAAAGAAAAGAAGGCCACAGAAGAUGCUGAAGGAGGAGAUGGCCCUCGUUUACCUCAGAGAAGUAAAUUUGAUAGUGAUGAAGAAGAUGAAGAUGCUGAAAACACUGAGGCUGUUAGUAGUGGGAAAGUCACCAGAAGUCCAUCUCCAGCUCCCCAAGAAGAGCACAGUGAGCCGGAGAUGACAGAAGAAGAGAAGGAGUAUCAGAUGAUGUUGCUGACAAAAAUGCUUCUAACUGAAAUUCUUCUGGAUGUCACAGAUGAAGAAAUUUAUUAUGUAGCCAAAGAUGCACACCGGAAAGCAACGAAAGCUCCUGCAAAACAGCUGGCACAGUCCAGUGCACUGGCCUCCCUCACUGGCCUCGGUGGACUGGGUGGUUAUGGAUCAGGAGACAGUGAAGAUGAGAGGAGUGACAGAGGCUCUGAGUCAUCUGAUACUGACGAUGAAGAAUUACGGCAUCGAAUCCGGCAAAAACAGGAAGCUUUUUGGAGAAAAGAAAAAGAACAGCAGCUAUUACAAGAUAAACAGAUGGAAGAAGAAAAGCAGCAAACAGAAAGGGUUACAAAAGAGAUGAAUGAAUUUAUUCACAGAGAGCAAAAUAGUUUAUCACUGCUAGAAGCAAGUGAAGCAGACGGUGAUGUGGUUAACGAAAAGAAAAGAACUCCAAAUGAAGCUCCAUCAGUUUUAGAGCCCAAAAGAGAGCAUAAAGGGAAAGAGAAGGAGCGAAGGAGUAUCAGUAGCAGCUCCGUCUCCAGCUCUUCAUACAGCUCUAGCUCAGGCAGCAGCUGCACAUCCUCUCGUUCCUCUUCUCCUAAAAGGAAAAAGAGACACAGUAGGAGCCGGUCUCCCACAGUGAAAGCUAGACGCAGCAGGAGCAGGAGCAGGAGCUACUCUCGCAGAAUGAAGGUAGACAGCAGUAGAGCUAGGGUGAAGCUGAGAGACAGGAGGAGAUCUAAUAGAAGUAGCAUUGAAAGAGAAAGACGAAGAAACCGGAGUCCUUCCCGAGACAGACGUAGAAGCAGAAGUCGCUCAAGGGAUAGACGAGCCAAUCGUUCCAGUCGCAGUAGGAGUCGAGAUAGGCGUAAAAUUGAGGAUCCACGUGGAAAUCUUAGUGGGAGCAGUCAUAAGCAUAAAGGUGAGGCUAAAGAACAAGACAGGAAAAAGGAGAGGAGUCGAAGCGUAGAUAAAGACAGGAGAAAGAAAGAAAAAGAAAGGGACCGUGAACAGGACAAAAGAAAAGAGAAACAGAAAAGGGAAGAAAAAGAUUUUAAAUUCGGCAGUCAGGAUGAUCGGUUAAAAAGGAAGCGAGAAAGUGAGAGAAUGUUCUGUAGGAGUGGUUCUAUAUCUGUUAAAGUCAUAAGACACGACUCUAGACAGGAUAGUAAGAAAAAUGCUACCAAAGACAGUAAAAAGCAUUCAGGUUCUGAUUCUAGUGGAAGGAGCAGUUCUGAAUCCCCUGGAAGUAGCAAAGAAAAGAAGGCUAAGAAGCCUAAACAUAGUCGGUCGCGCUCCAUGGAGAAAUCUCAAAGGUCUGGUAAGAAGGCAAGCCGCAAACACAAGUCUAAGUCCCGAUCAAGAUCAACAACCCCUCCCCGUCGUAAGCGCUGAGGAAUGAUGUGGCAAGAAUGCCAUGAUGCUGUUUUUAAAAAUUCCAUGAGUUUUAAGGGCUUGUCUCAUUAUAGAGGCACAUUGUGGCUGUGUAGGUGAAACCAGAUUUUUUUUUUUAAUUGUGUAAAUAGGUGUCUUUUUCCAAAUGCUGCUCCAAGUUAUAGGAUUUCUUUGUAUUACAUUUUUUCAAGAAAUAGUACAUAAUAAGACUAUAAAUAUGCCAUUCUCUUUCAGCUGUAAUGUUCCUAAAAUUAUUCUUGAAUGUACUGUGAUGUCAAUAAAGCUCUUCAGUUCAUUUUUGUUAAAUUCUUGCACCUUAAUUUUACGGUUUUAAUCUAAGGAACGUACUUUUAUAAAAGGCAGCUGAAGUUUUGUAUAACAGGUUUUAAAGGUUCCUCACAUCUUCCCCCCAAAAAAAUGGUUUUAACCUAAUAGUUUGUCAAAGUUUGUAAAUUAUGCCCAUGGACUUUUGUCAAAUUCCACUUUUAAGGGUGUGGGAAAGGGCCAGAAAAUGAUCUUACUUUUCAUUUGAAGGCAUCUGAUCAGCUUCCUAAACUUUUUUUUUUGGUGGUGGGGGGGGAGUUCAAGUAAUAUAUUUUCUGUGUAUAAAAUGUGAUUCACUCUUGUAAAAUGAAAUUGCUGGAAACAA